AUGGAGACAGUCCUUGCUGCUGCUGCUGCUGCUGCUGCUGCUGGAGGCAAAAGAACUGCAGCAGCAGCAGCAGCGCCAGCAGCGCAUUCAGCUGCAGCAGCAGCAAAUGCAGAUGCAGCACCGCCAGCAGCAGCAGCGACACAAGCAGCCGCAAAAACAGCAACAAAGCAGCCCCAGCAGCUGCAGCAGCAGCAUAAGCAGCAGCAGCAGCAGCAGCAGCAGCUACCUUGUCUCUAA